AUGAAUCCCAAUAGUAGUGUUGUGGAGCUAGAGGCAGCCAAUGGCAUUAAUAGUAAUUUGAAGGGAAAUAUUAUGAGUGAUGACAGCUUAAUCAAUAUAAUUCCAACUAGAAUUGAAGACCAGAGAAUUGACAGUUUGACUGAUGUCCUAACUGAAGAUUGGCAAGUUCAAAGAAGCAGUAAAAAGAAAAAAGGGUCUGACCAUAGACCUUUGUUAUGUACUAUCCAAAAUGCUGAAAAGCCAAAAAAUGCUCCUUUCAGAUUUCAAAACAUGUGGACUCUCCACCCUCAGUUUGUUGAGGAAGUUGGUAAGGUAGCUGCUCAUCUCAAGAAGUGGAAUUGGGAAAAUUUUGGUAAUAUUAAUGAGAAUCUGACUAAUGCUCAAAGUAAUGUUAUCAAAAUGGAAAAGAAUUUCCAAAUGGGCUUGAAUUCUGAAGCUGCACUGCACAAAGCAAGUGAGGAGCUGUUAAUGCACACCAGUUUUACUGAACUUUUUCUGAAACAAAAAGCUGCUGUCACAAGAUUCAUUGAUGAUGAUAGAAACACAGGCUAUUAUCAUGCUUGUAUUAAUUUCAGAAGGAAGAACAACAUGAUCCUCUCUAUACAUGAUUCAAAUGGUAAUGUAGUAACUGAUGCUGAAGACAUUGCCACUGAUGCUAUUCAGUAUUUUCAGAAAAUCUUUAGGGAUCAGUCUACUGAGAGAUCUCAUAUCAAGAUUCCUAUGGAAGGGGAAAUUAAGACAGUACUGGAUUCUAUUGAUGACCAAAAGGUGGCUGGCCCUGAUGGUUUUACUGCUAAAUUCUAUAAGUCUACUUGGCAUAUCAUCGGUGGGGAGGUGUUUGAUGCUGUACAAUGCUUCUUUAAAGGUAUGGAUCCCCUAAGUACUUCACUGCUUCCACUAUUACUUUGA